UGAGAUGUGGAUGUUAUUGUUUUUGGUGGAGGCGGCGGUGGCUUUGCCGUUGGUGAGGAUAGAUCAAGGAUGGGUGCGAGGAGUUUAUGAUGAGGGAAUCUCCAAGUUCACGGGGAUACCCUACGCUGUUGUUGAUCCAGCUAAUGUGUUCGGGCCAGCUGUACCCAAUCCGAAAUUCCACGGCAUCUUCAACGCCAACAAUGACUCAGCCAUUUGUCCGCAAAUAGAAGAGUUUAAUAAUACUUACGUCGGUGAUUUAAACUGCCUUCACAUGAACGUAUAUGUACCUAGUAACCCACUGUCCAAGAAAUUACCAGUUCUUGUGUUUAUAUAUGGUGGAAGCUUUAAGAUCGGAUUUGCAGGUCGCUACAUCUACGGUCCAAAAUAUCUAACACAACAUGAAGUCAUAUUAGUAACUUUUAACUAUAGACUUGGACCAUAUGGUUUUAUGUGCUUAGAUACACCGGAAAUGCCAGGGAAUCAGGGUCUAAAAGACCAACUUCUAGCACUAAGAUGGGUACAAAAUAACAUAGAUUACUUCGGAGGUGAUAAGGAUGCAGUAACUGUUUUUGGAAACAGUGCAGGAGCAGUAUCCAUUGAAUUACACUUACUAUCGAACCAAGAGAAGCUGUUUCGUCGUGCUAUAUUACAGAGCGGUUCUCAUUUUAUACCUGGACUUCUACAAACUUCUAAUAUAAAUGCGCCGUUAGUAUUAGCUCGAGAAUUAGGAUUUCCAACAGAUAGUAUUGAAAGAGCUUUGAGUUUCCUAUCGUUAAUAGAUCCAAAGACUCUCAUUGAAACCAAUUCAAAUCUUGGACUAUCCCACACACUCUGUAUCGAAAAAGAAUUUCCCGGUGUUGAAAAUAUCAUUUUAGAACCAUUUGACUACAAUAACGAGAAAGUUAAAUCAAUCGAUAUAAUAUCAGGUUUUAACAAUCAAGAAAUGUUAAUGUCUUUGAUUUAUUUAUCAGCAGAGGAUUACAAGUAUCUAAACUUGUUUGAAGAAGCGAUGGCAGUGUUACAAAUAGAAGACGAUGAGAUUGCACGUAUUAUGCGAAGAUUUUAUAUUGGUGAUGAAGAAAUGAGUAUAGCUCUAAGAAAUGAAUUAAUUGAUUUCAGUUCAGAUUAUACUUACGCUUACCCGGUACAAAGGAGUAUUGAUUUGAUAAUUAAGAACAGUAAUGCAAAAGUCUAUCAGUAUAUAUUCUCUUAUAGUGGUGGCAGAAAUUUUGUAAAGUCGAGAAUGAAUGUCACGGAAGGCGGGGCAGUUCAUGCAGAUGAGUUUGGUUAUCAGUUCGAGAUGGAAUUGUUCGAUAGCAACUUAAGUGAGGCCGAUGAACUAAUAGUGGACAGGAUGUCAAUGAUGUGGACGAACUUUGCUAAAUAUGGAGUACCCAUUCCGGAAACUUCGGAUCUGCUGCCGGUAGAAUGGCUUCCAGCUACCAGAGAUCAGAUCAACUACAUUGAGAUUGACACAGUCAUGAAGAACGGAACUGCUCUCAACCACAAAAGAAAAGCGAUAUGGGAUAUGUUAUAUGCAUUUAUGGAUGAGAAUAAAAAUUUUUAACUAUUUAAUAUCUAGUCCAUCGUAUGUAAGAAAAGAGAAUAAAGUAUAAGAAAACCA